AUGAGAGUUCUUACGAUGAACACUCUUCGAAGCAGAGCCUUCUCUAAAUGUGUUCUGUGCUUCUGUAACCAGAAGGAAGUGGCGGCUAUAAGCAGAAAUAAGUUGCGGGUCAACGAUGUUAAAGCAGAUGUCCCGAUUGAGAAAGUGUCGCUUUCCAGAGGACUUACUAUGAAUAAGUUUGAAAAGGAUUUCCUGAUCUAUCCAGAAUAUGCGGAUACUGAUGAUGUAAGAACUAUUCAGGGAUUCACUGAGGUUUUGAGCAAGUCCUUAGAACUGACCACUGACCGGGAUGGCUUGGAAAAGCAUGGCUCGUUACCAGAUGGUGUCCGAGGAGUGCUUAAUGACUGCACCGUGUUUUCUGCUCUAGUACCUAGCACGUAUGGUGGUUUAGGACUAGGCUACAAGGAUCAAAUGAAAAUAUUUGAGAAUCUUAGUCUUGAUUGGAAUAUUCAUGCGAACGUCACGGUGGUAAGCUCUGUUGUAAAUGCUCUAUUAUUGUUCGGAUCUGACGAAAUCAAGGAGAAGUAUUUUCCUUUAAUUGUUAGUGGAAAAUGUCGUCCCAUUAUUGCCGUUGUUGACGACAAAGGGUACGCUUUAGAAUUGGCACUUGGUCUUUUGAAUGUGGUUGCUUCGAUCAGUGAACGUCAGCUGGUUGGUAAAUUAGGACAAGGUCCGGAGGUUAUGGAUGAAUUAGCUUCCUGCGCUUGCUUGCCAUUAGCUGCAGCUACUAUUGGAUACAGCAAACGUUUGUUGCGUGAUUUGGCUGCCAUUUGCAACAAAACCCCAAGUGCUAAAAGGGUAGAGUUACUUAAAUACUGUUUAGUUAAGAAGCUUAUGUUUCCAUUAUAUCAGGAAAAUGCUAUGGUAUCCGAUGAAACGUCUUCACAAUACAUCACCACUGAAUUCGCCCUCAAGAUUUACGCUCUCGAAUCUGCUUCCUACUAUCUCGCUGGCUUGUUAGAUGAACGGAUACCUGUUGUUGUAGAUAUUGAGAAUGCUCUUAUCCAUAAAUUGACCCAAGAUGUCUUACUGAGUAGCAUAUCCACUACCAUGGAAUUGGCCAAGGUGCGAGCUUCAAACACCUCCAUUCGUUUUGAAAAGGAUAUCCGUGAUGUGGUUACUUUGCUAUCAUUGGUCAGUCUUUGGUUUAAUUCUUAA